UUUCUCCACUUUCAUUUGUUAAUUUACUGUAAAAGAGUUUAAACUGAUUACAAUAUUCUUGAAAGAAUAGUGCCCUUCGAUCUUCUUCAUCUUUUCUCAAGAAAAAUGGCAUUCCAAAACCAGACCAUGAAAGCCAACACUAGUUUCGUACUAAUCCUAUUUUUCGCGGUUCAGUACACCGCUUCAACAAAUGUUUUUCAUUUUGUUAUUGAAGAAACUUCUUUCGAUAGGCUUUGUCAAUCGAAGAAGAUUCUAACUGUCAACGGACAAUUCCCAGGGCCUACCAUAUAUGCGCUUGCUGGAGAAACGUUGUCCCUAGACGUUGAAAACAGAGGGAAGGACAACGUUACGAUGUUUUGUUGUAGGCGUGUUGGUAGACACGUGAAGUCUGAUCAAGUGGAGUGGCUAGUUGAGGCAGGAGCUGCCGUCAGAAAAAAUAUAACAAUAUCUGAAGACGACGAAGGGACGCUAUGGUGGCAUGCCAUGAACAUCUGGCAACGCGCCACUGUUCAUGGCGCUUUCAUUGUCCAUCCAGAACCUGAUGAUCAUGUCGAUAUUCCCAUCAUUUUAGGUGAAUGGUGGAAGAAGGAUGUCAAGGAGGUCUUCGUCGACUAUAUCGACUCAGGCAGUGACGUAAAAUCGAACGCUUACACGAUCAAUGGACAGCCUGGUGACUUCUACCCUUGUUCAAAAAAUGGCCUCAAUCAGUUCUACAGGAAAAGGAGGCUAAGCAGAGCAAGGAAGUCGUUAAUGGUGUUGAACACGCGAUGGAGGAAGCUGUUAAUCUACAAGAACAGAACAACACAGAGCUUAGUAAUGAUGAGCUUUACAGAAUGGGCAUGAUACCAACGACAAAGGCAAACAAGUCCUAGUCUUUACAUCUUAAGUUACAGAAAAAAGUUACAAGGAAGUAAACAAAAAAGAUGCCAAAGAAAAAGAGUAAGAUUACCUUCAAACCUACAGACCAUUCCCUCUUGCUCAUUGAAGCUACUACAGACCAUUCCCUCUUGCUCAUUGAAGCUACCUCUUCAAUACUACGUCUUGCUAGUAUCAAGUUUGAGCAUUGCUACAGAGAAGCCAAUCAACUUGCAGACGGGCGCAAAGACAGUGAUGAACUCUCAAACUAGAAACAUUUAUCUUUCGGCUCAACAACUUCCUCAGGCCGCAAAAUGACUUUUCAUUCUGGAUAAGAGACAAGUCACGAGUAUAAGGUCUAAAGUUGAUAAGGAAUUUCUUUUUGUUAGUUAGGCUUCUCCUUUUGAUGCAGUAUUGAUGGGCAAUAAGCUGAUUUUUGUGUUGUUUGCCCAUUUUUUUGAUGGAUAGUUUCUAUCAAUGUGUUGUAUUUAAACUUUUGUUAUGAUAUACAACACCUCCAGUGCUACUGGAAUUAUUUCAUAAAAAAAAGCUUAACUUAGAACACAGGUUGUGUCUACUCUUUUAAAAAAAAAAAUUGGAAAAAGUAAUAAAUUUCAACAGUAAAAGAAAGGCAAUAACACACCCAUAUAGAAGUAUAGUAUAUAUAGACAACCUUAUAAAAGAUAAAUUUUUACGAAUAAAUCCAAUGUAAGCAAGAAACUUGUGAGUGCACGAAAAGUAAAUGAGGGAUGAGGAACUAUUGCAAAAUUCUUCUCUACUUCAUCAAAAACAUUGUCAACAUAAGUGAUAAAGGAACGACAAUCUUAUGUUUUGCAUCUUUUUUCCGUCUUCUAAAAGUCCAGCUAAACAUUGUUUCUUUCAAACCAUUAACUGGAAUAAUUGCAUCUGCUAUCCAAAGUCUGUAAUGUUCUUGAGCUCUUAGCUGCCUAUCCAAUCAGAAUUUUAGUAAUGAUAAACCAUUUUUUUCACAACUAUAACUUUGGAGGUUGGUGCUGCUUGUGAAGACUCAUAUACAUAAUAUAUAGAAGAGCAAGCUACAAGACUGAUCAAAGAAGCAUAAUUUGUAAAGAUACAGAAAAGAUGGAGAUAUUCAAGGAAACAAUGCAACAAGUGUAAAAAACAAUAACUACAAAAUCCAUGCCGCAACAUCAUAUGUACAAUGUGUCCAUGUUUUAAAGCGAAAACUACAUGUUUUUGGUUGAUAAAUUAUUAUUAAACUACUUUUCUUAUUCUUCAAACUGUCACAUGCCUAAUAGUUAAGUAGCAAAAAUAUGGAUGAAGUACAAGUGAACCAAACUUAGAAACAUAAAAUGUUGAACAUUAAUCACAUCCGAUGGCAAGAGCUCUGCUUGAAGCACCUUCAUUAGUUACAACUAUUACGAUUGGAACUUUCAGCCCAAACAUGCCCUUAAAUUGUCAUGAAAUUAUUGGAGGUGAUUAAAGAUUCUACAUGACUAAACACAAUCUAAUAACACAAUAUUUGAAAUUCACGGUGAAGACUCACACCUGACCUAGCUCUUCAGAUCUUUAAUAAGCUAAAGCCCCUGGAUUGUCAAAAAUGUAACAAGACACAAUGAUUAGCAGAUUUCAUCAUUCUCAAAGCCUUUCUGUAGCUGCACGGCGAAGAUUUAGUAGUUAUCAAUUCAUCUUUUCACAAAACUAACCUUGAGGUAUCAAAUUUGAAAACUUUGAAGAGUGAGUAAUCUGCAAUGUGCAGAUUCUCAGAUGAAGUUUAGAAGAAGAAGAAAACUCAUCUCUGUAUUAUACAACUUGUUAAAACUUUUCUACUUGUAACAAACAUGUUUAGUUAGUAUUUAUACAAGAAAGAGAAGAAUAUUUUUGUAACUACUUUAACUACCUAUUUGCUAACUACUCCUCUAAUUUCUACUAAUUACAUAAUGAACCUCAACUUACUAAGUAAUACCAUCUUUAAUACUCCCCCUCAAGUUUGUAGGAGUGAAAAGAUUCAAUACUCCAAACUUGGAUAAUAAAUAUUCAUGUUGAAACUUGUUGAGGCCUUUAGUUAGUAUAUCAGCCUCUUGCUCUUUGGUAUGUAGAUAUUCAGUCUGAAUUAGACCAUUCUGAAUUUUCUCUCUUAUGAAAUGACAAUCCAAUUCUAU